AUGAGGAGCUGGAAGUGGGUGUCAUAGAGACCCUCUCCCAUUAGUUACCCCACGUGCCUGAUGGGACCCCUCCAGGGUCUUGGGUUCCGAUCCACUGCAGAGUUGCAACAGGAGCUGCCACACGGAGGUCCAAGAUGCCACACAUCGACACAGACAUCAAGCUGGACUUCAAGGAUGUCCUCCUGAGGCCCAAACGGAGCACCCUCAAGUCCCGCAGUGAGGUGGACCUAAUGAGGUCUUUCGUGUUCCGGAAUUCCAAACAGACAUACGCUGGUAUCCCCAUCAUUGCCGCCAACAUGGACACGGUGGGCACCUUUGAGAUGGCCAAGGUCCUCUGUAAGUUCUGUCUUUUUACAGCCAUUCACAAACACUAUAGCCUGGAAGAGUGGAAGGAGUUUGCAGCCCAGAAUCCAGAGUGCCUUCAGAAUGUGGCAGCUAGUUCAGGCACUGGGGCCUCAGACUUCAAGCUGCUGGAGCAGAUCCUCAAGGCUGUGCCUCAGGUCCGCUACAUCUGCCUGGACGUGGCCAAUGGCUACUCGGAACACUUUGUCCAGUUUCUGAGAGACGUGCGGAAGAGCUUUCCAGACCACACCAUCAUGGCUGGGAACGUGGUGACAGGGGAGAUGGUGGAAGAGCUCGUCUUAUCAGGAGCCGACAUCAUCAAAGUGGGCAUUGGACCGGGCUCAGUUUGUACCACGCGGAAGAAGACGGGGGUGGGCUACCCCCAGCUCAGCGCCGUCAUGGAAUGUGCCGAUGCCGCCCACGGGCUCAAGGGGCACAUCAUUUCGGAUGGCGGUUGUAGCUGCCCAGGGGAUGUGGCCAAGGCUUUUGGUGCCGGCGCGGACUUCGUCAUGUUGGGCGGGAUGCUGGCCGGACACACCGAAUCAGGGGGGGAGCUGAUUGAGAAGAGGGGCAAGAAAUACAAGCUGUUCUACGGCAUGAGCUCAGAAGUGUCCAUGAAGAAAUACGCCGGGGGCGUUGCCGAAUACAGGUACGGCUUCAGGGACCAGGUGACGCGUCCCUGCUGGAUCUGA